UUCGGUUCCAUUCUGUAUACUAGAAACAAGCAUGUCGCUGAUCGAGACGGAAACCCACUGGCUGCGGACUACCAUUCUGCCAAAGAUUCUGGAGAGCGGUAGACUGCUGGAUACCUACAGCGCGUCGAAGGCGGACACAUUCCGGGUGGGGGACAUCGAUGUCGAUGUAAUUGGUCCCAAAGAGGCCUUCAUGCUGACACUCUGCUAUCGGACAACCAUCCGCUUUGAAUACGACGGCAAGCAGUUUGAGCGGAAAAUGGUCGUUAAGAAAACUCCGAGGAUUCAACCAGAGAUGUACAAGGACAUUCAGUUUAGUUAUCUCUUCGGCAAUGAGAUUGAUUUCUAUACGAAAAUUCUACCCCAAAUGGAAAAAGUGACCGGAGGAAAAUUCGCAGCCCCCAAGUAUUACUACAGUGAGCUGAAUCCGCUUUCGGCGAUGGUCAUUCUCAGUGAUUUUGCAGAGGACGGCUGGAGCAUUACCAAAGACCGGGUGGGCCUUAGCCUGGAUCAUGUUCGCGUCGCAGUGAAGUACUUGGGCAAGUUCCAUGGCUUUGCCUAUGCCAUCAAGCACAAGAAUCCAGAUCAGUUUGAAAAUAUGACCAAAAACCUGAGGGAAUCUCGAUUUUCCAAUGAUAUUAUGCACCCCGACUUCCUGUUGAAGCUGAAAACUAGUGUGAAGCGUGCUGCCCAGGCUGUGGCCACUUACCAGCCACAAGUGGGUGAGGAUUUUGUGCAGAAUUUCGGUCUCUUGAUAUCCGAUUACACAAAAUUUGGAAGACAGCGGGUGGCGCCCAGGGAGCCGUUGGCAACUCUCUGUCACGGCGAUUAUGUGCGGAACAAUGUUGCCUACAAGUACGAUGGCAAGGAGGAGCCACAGGAAAUCAUGAUGUUCGACUACCAGACGCUGCGUGUGUCCUCCCCCAUGAUCGAUCUGUCCGUCUUCCUGGCCAUUUCUGUCUAUGCGGAUGUGCGUUACACCCAUUUCGAUAGCAUUUUCGACGACUACUGCUCGGCUCUCUACGACAGCUACAGGAAGCACGCGAAGGACGAGGUGCCGGAAUUCUUGAAUCGGACGGAGCUUCUGAAGGAGUACAUCCGCUUCCUUCCUUACAGUGUGUCCAUCACGGCCUACUUUCUCUUCUCACUCGUCGAGCCGUCAGUCUUGUCCUCGGAGGAAAUGAUCAACUGUCAAGUUACGGACGAGGAAAUCAUUGAGAGCACCAUGAAAUCAGGCGGCGAGAUAGUGGACCGGGAAAUCGCGCAUCAACUAAAGGAAAUGUUUGAGUUAAGUCGAACGUACAAUGUUCGAAUCGAUGAGGCGAUGCACAAUAUCUAAUUAUUUGAUAUAAACACAAUCAAUUAUUAUAAUAUAUAAACCGAUGCGUA